GUGGCCGGGGUGGCGGGGUCUCAGUGGUCAAAUCGGUAUUUACGAGAGCCAGGCCUGUGUUUAAAUAAAAAUCUAAAAAAGGUAUAAAGCGCACUGCCUGCUUCUAGCCCUCAACACACUGUCCCACCGAAGCAGCUUAUUGAGGUGUUUACGGAGAAGACGAGAGAUUCACUAGAAUUUGGUUGCUGCAUUCUUCAGGUUUUGAGCUGAGUUCUAGGAUGUUGCUUGUGUUUUCUCCUGGGAUCAAACUUAAGAUGCAAGAAGAAGAAGUGAAGGACGGGGUCGAAGGCAUUGAUAAUUGACAAAAAGGAUAAGAUAAUGUAAAGAACCUGAACAGCAGGCCCGAAGUAUUGUAAUGCCUGGAGGAUAAGGUUUAAUACAGAUUUUGUGGUGUUCUCUGUUCUGCUAGCAGGCCUGUUUACUGGAUUUCUCGAGCCCCUGAAACAGAGACACAGCAAUCUGCUUUUUCUUACCUUUCUGAGGUAGUAUCCUGAAAAAUGUUUCUUAGAUCACAGUUAUCAUGGAAUGUGGUGAUUCCGGCUCAGAACCUCGAUGCUGAAGGUUUAAUCCUUCAGAAGGCCAUUUUAAUCGGCCUCCUGGACGAAUUUGCUGCCAAGAAGGCCUCAAAAGAUAUAGGUUACUUCCUUGCUGUAACGACUCUGGACCACAUUGGGAAGGGCAUCAUUAGGCAGCAUUCCGGAGACCUCCUCUUUCCUGUCGACUUCAGCUGCAUCACCUUCAAGAUGUUCCCGGGGGAGAUCUUGGAAGGCAUCGUCCACAAAAUUCUGAAGCACGGUGUCUUCGUGAAAUGUGGCCCAGCAGAGAAAGUAUACAUCUCCCAUCUUAAAAUGGCUGAUUAUCAGUACGUGCCCGGUGAGAACCCUUGUUUCAGGAACGACAAGUCCACAAAAAUCGAAAAGGGUACGGUGGUACGUUUUCUGGUGCUUGCUGAGAAGUACGACGAAGCUGAGAAAGAUUUCAGGGCUGUUGUCAGCUUGGAGGGUGAUUUUCUUGGACCCAUCAAUUAGGACAUGUUUAUCCUCCCUUUUCUUGGUUUUACUGAUUAUGUUGUAUUCUGGUUCUAAUCUUACAAAUGAUGGAUGAAUCAGUGUUGUUAUUUGCAACCUUUUACCUUUGGUUCAUACUUAGGAUGUAAAGAUUGGACCACUCCCGAUGUAGUUAGUCUUAAAUAUUGAUUUUGACAAUACUCUUAAUAACUAGAGAUUAUGUACAUUACAUUUUAAUGUUAGUAGUUUUAUGUAAAUUUUAAACUUGAUUACGGUCA